UUAAACAAAUUAAUAGGUGUUGAGGUAGUUUGUAUAUAUACAUGUUAUGAUCAUUUCAGUUUCUUAAGAAAAAUUGUACCAAUCCAAUAUGUGUGCCUUAGUCAAUCCCAUAGGCUAUGAACACAACUGUAUGUAUGGAGGCAACGAAAGUAUAGAAUCAUUCCUUCAAUUUCCUCUACCACAAGAAGAAAUUCUACUUGAUUCUCAAUCUCCAUCUAUCAAUAAAACCAGUUUUGAUCCCUGCGUGGUUAAGAAGCUUAACCACAAUGCUAGUGAACGCGACAGGCGAAAGAAGGUCAACACAUUGUAUUCAUCCCUCAGUUCAUUGCUUCCAGCUUCAGAUCAGAUGAAGAAGUUAAGCUUUCCAGCUACAGUUUCACGUGCAAUGAAAUACAUACCAGAAUUGCAAGAGCAAGUUGAAAGAUUAGCCCAGAAAAAAGAAGAGCUUUUGUUAAGGAUUUCUCAGCAAGGGGGUCUUAAAAGAAAAAGCAGAAUUGGAAGAUGUUUAAAUGCUACUGCUUCUAUUUCCAUAAAUCGGCUACGUACUGAUAGUGAUGAAGUUGCAAUUCAGAUAUCAAUGGAAAAAGUAGUUCACAACAAGACUCAGUUAGCUGAGAUGUUGCAUUACUUGGAGCAACAAGGAUUCCUCCUACUAAAUGCUACUUCCUUUGAGUCAUUUGAGGGAAUGGUCUUCUAUAAUAUUCACCUUCAGCUGGAAACAACCUACGAACUGGAAUCAGAUCAUGACGCUUUGAGUGAGAAGCUUUUGACAUUUUGUGUUAGCAAGGAAGAGUUUAUAAUUAAUUAG